CCGCCUCCCGGCCAGAGCGCCCGAAAGGGCGGUGAGGGCCCGCCUCCCAGCGCGGAAGGAGGCGUGGGCAUGGUACCGCCGGGGACGCCGAGCCCCGCGCUGGCGUCGCUGCUUAGGGCGCCCCGUGGGCUCCGUGGGGGCACGGCCCGGUGCUGCGCGGAUGGCCCUGCUCUCGUGGCCCGCGCUCGCCUUCGUCGUCGUCCUCUUCCUGUCCGCCUCUCUCCGGUGCCAGGAGCAGGCCCAGACCACCGACUGGCGGGCCACCCUGAAGACCAUCCGGAACGGCGUUCACAAGAUAGACACGUACCUGAACGCCGCCUUGGACCUCCUGGGGGGCGAGGAUGGGCUCUGCCAGUAUAAGUGCAAUGACGGAUCUAAGCCUUUCCCACGUUAUGGUUAUAAACUCUCCCCGCCGAAUGGAUGUGGCUCUCCACUGUUUGGUGUUCACCUUAAUAUUGGCAUCCCUUCCCUGACAAAGUGCUGCAACCAACACGACAGGUGCUAUGAGACCUGUGGCAAAAGCAAGAACGACUGCGAUGAGGAAUUCCAGUACUGCCUGUCUAAGAUCUGCCGGGAUGUGCAGAAGACACUAGGACUAGCUCAGCAUGUCCAGGCCUGUGAAACGACAGUGGAGCUCUUGUUUGACAGCGUUCUACAUCUAGGCUGCAAACCGUAUCUGGACAGCCAACGAGCCGCAUGUCGGUGUCGCUACGAAGAAAAAAGUGAUCUUUAAAGAAGAUGCUGACCGUUGAUGACAGCAGAUAAGGACAGCAGGAUAUAGCCUUUAACGAAGAACUGCUGUUUUUACAGCAUAAAGCUGCCUUAUUUUUGUGAAAGGAUUAUUUUAAGACUUUAUUUUGACAUUAAAACUAAACUAAAGAAAAAAGGGGGAGGUGAUCUUCCUGGACCUUGCUACCUUCAUGUACCAAAUUGUCUUGACCAAUCUCAGAAAGAGGUGCAUGUUAAGGGGAGAAUAUUUUAAAAGAAGGAGUCUGUAAUUCAGUUUUCACAACUGUAUUUACCAAAACAAUGAGGUCAAAUGUAAAAUUGAUCACAAGGUAUGUUGAAUAUCAUCUUACUUGGAAAUAUGGGAAAAUCUUCACUUAGAAGUAUAUGUUUACUUUAAAAUUUUAAAUAUACAUUUAUUCCUGGAAAGAUC